CCUCAACAUUCGCCAUUGACCAUGUUGGACUGCCCCAUCUGCCAGAAAUCCGUCCUCGACAGCAAAAUCAACGAGCACCUCGACAGCAACUGCAAGGACCACCUCGCCGAGAAUGAACACGUGAAAGCACAGCCGCACAGCUUCUUCACGGCCACCCAGCGCCAGCGACCGCCAUCGCCGUCACCGCCGCCAGCUGCUGCACCGCGCGUCGACCGAGCGAAGACACCACCCAAGAGGUCACAUGACGACGCGAACGAGGAUGGAAAGAAUGGCGAGUCACUGGCCGCGGUGAAGCGACAGCGCCGCCUGAAAGCUGUCGAAGAUGCCAUGCCGCUGGCUGAGCGCAUGCGCCCGACCUCCCUUGAUGAUGUGUGCGGGCAGGAUCUGGUCGGGCCCGGGGGUAUCCUGCGGGGCAUGGUCGAAGAGGGACGGCUGCCAUCGAUGGUGCUCUGGGGACGGCCGGGCACGGGAAAGACAACCAUCGCCCGUCUCAUCGCCAACACAGCCAACGCACGCUUCGUCGAAAUCAACAGCACAAGCACGAAGCUGGAAGAAGUCCGCAAGAUCUUCAACGAGGCUGCCAGAGACUUGCAGUUGACUGGCCGCAAGACCAUUGUCUUCUGCGACGAGCUGCACCGCUUUUCGAAGACCCAGCAAGACGCCUUCCUCGGUCCUGUCGAGUCUGGGACCAUCACCUUGAUAGCGGCGACCACCGAGAACCCGUCCUUCAAGGUCAUCUCCGCGCUCCUCAGCAGAUGCAGAACAUUCACCCUCGACGACCUGCGCGAGGAAGACCUCCUGCGCAUCCUGCAGCGCGCAGUGGCCACGACGUCCACCACCUCGCCCCUCCUCGACGACGCCAUGCUGACCUACUUCGCCCGCUUCUCCGACGGUGACGCCCGCACCGCGCUCAAUCUGCUCGAUCUAGCCAUCAACCUGUCCAAGAACCCCGGCAUGACCAAGGAGAAGAUCCAGCAAUCCCUCACCAAAACCUUAGUCUAUGACAGAGCAGGCGACCAGCACUACGACACCAUCUCGGCCCUGCACAAAUCCAUCCGCGGCUCCGACGCCGACGCCGCCCUCUACUAUCUCGCGCGCAUGCUGCAGUCGGGCGAGGACCCGCGCUACAUCGCACGCCGCCUGCUGGUCGUCGCCAGCGAAGACGUCGGGAUAGCCGACAACACCAUGCUGGGCCUCGCGACCGCCACCUACGACGCGUGCGAGAAGAUCGGCAUGCCCGAGUGCCGCAUCAACCUCGCGCACUGCGUUGUCGCGCUGAGCUUCGCGAAGAAGAGCACGCGCGUCUACCGCGGCUUGCACGCGGCCCUGGAUAGUCUGGCCGAGCCGGGCGUCGCUGCGCUGCCCAUCCCGAAGCACAUCCGUAAUGCGCCCACGCGCCUCAUGAAGGACAUGGGCUACGGCGACGGGUACAAGUACAACCCGGACUAUCUGCACGGGAGGGUCAAGCAGGAGUAUCUGCCCGAGGCGCUGCGCGGGCGGACGUUCCUGGACACGAGCGAUUUCGGGAGCAAGCGCGAUCCGGAUCUCGAGGCGGAAGUGACGGCGGACGAGGACGAGGACGACGGGGAGUUGAGGCCCGAGGUGGAUGAUAGGAUACCUACUAGUCCUGUGCUGGAAUGAACGGGUCUUCACAGUACACAGCGUCUGUGUCAAUUUUGAUCUGUGAAUCUUGAUCUGUGAAACCA